UACCAUCAUCACUUACAUGUUAUAAGAUGAUUAGGAAUGAUGGAGUAGGAGAUAUGCUAUGCGUACAUGGUUGUUUAUGUAUAUCUUCAUCUUUCAUAGCUUCCUGAAGCCUUCAUUUAUCGUUAGGGUUUAGUCAUUUCUAACUCCGAUUCAUUUCGUGUUGAAAUUCGAAUUCGCAUGCGAGUUCUACAGUAGCUGACACUGAGGGUUAGGGUUUCGUUCAUCGAUCUGCGUGCCAAUGGAUUCCCCCUCUUCGUCAGUGACAUUGAAUACUAGAGACGGAUCACCGUCCACAGAGGGUCUUGCUAAGGAGGCUGCCGUGCUCUUUCAGAGUGGGAUGUUCGCGGACUGUUUGAGAGUUUUGAAUCAGUUACUGCAGAAGGAGGAUGAUCCAAAGAUGCGUCAUAAUAUUGCCAUUGCUGAGAGCUUACAAGGUGGAUGUUCAGAUCCUAGAAGGCUUAUUAAAGCACUGGAAAAAAUCAAGGAACAAAGUGAAGAACUUGCAUGUGCAUCUGGAGAACACUUAGAGGUUUCCAGCAACAAUGGAGGCGAACAGACUUCCAGCAUCAAGGGAAAUAGUGCUCCCCGACAUCUUAUUUCAUCUAUUGUGCGCAGUUAUGAAUUUGAUAUCUCAGUGGCAACUUACAACAUAGCAGUCAUCUGGUACCAUCUUCAUGAAUUUGCAAGAUCAUUCUCAUAUUUGGACACUUUGUAUCAGACCAUUGAACCUAUUCGUGAGGGGACAGCUCUGUGUAUAUGCCUUUUGCUGCUAGACGUCGCAUUACUUUCUCAUAAUGCAUCAAGAUCUGCCGAUGUGAUAAGCUACAUGGAGAAGGUUUAUGUUAGCAGUGUGGGCAAUCAAGUAGAUAAUGGAUCCUUGGCACACCAACAACCUCUAUUAGUUUCAAAAUCUACAUCAUUUUCCAACAAUUCGACCCUUCAAGAUGGUUCUCACCCUGAUUCUACUUCAGAUAAUUCCUUAACUAGAACAUUAUCGGAGGAAGCACUUGAAGAUGAACAUUUGCGGUUACUAUCUUCUCUUGACAUAAGUGGACAAAAUCUUCAAAGACCUGGCAUUGUCUCUGCUAAUGAUCUUCAAAGAAUCCAACCAGAGGGUUUGAUAUCAACUGCUGAUUUAAAGCUUAAGUUACAUCUUUACAAGGUUCGCUUUCUGCUUCUCACCAGGAACCUGAAAGCAGCCAAGCGUGAGGUGAAGAUAGCUAUGAAUCUGAUUCGUGGCAAAGAUUAUCCCCUGGCUCUCUACCUAAAGUCACAACUUGAAUAUGUUUGUGGAAACCACCGCAAAGCAAUUAAGCUUUUGAUGGCAUCAACUAACAGCAUUGAGAUGGAAUUCUCUAGCAUGUACUACAAUGAUCUUGGCUGCAUCUAUUAUCGGCUUGGUAAGCAUCAUACAUCAGGAGUAUUUUUUUCCAAAGCCUUAAGUAGUAGCUCAGCUGCACGGAAAGAGAAGCCUCCAAAACUUUUAACUUUGUCUCAGGAUAAAUCCCUCCUGAUUAUGUAUAAUUGUGGUGUUCAAUCAUUAGCCCGUGGCAGACCCUUUCAUGCAGCUCGCUGCUUUCAAAAGGCCAGCCUUAUCUUUUAUAACAGACCUCUUCUAUGGUUAAGAAUGGCUGAGUGCUGUUUGAUGGCCCUAGAUAAGGGAUUAAUAAAAUCAUCAGCAGCAUUUGCGGUUUCUGAGAUCGAAGCCAAUGUCAUUGGCAGGGGGAAAUGGAGACAGCUUGCUCUAAGAUAUGGUUCAUCCAAUGGUCAGGGAAGAUAUGUUGGAAUGGAAAGUUCAAUUACAUUUGAUGGAAAACAUCCUGAUAUCUCGAUGUCUCUUGCCCGGCAGGCCCUUGUAAAUGCUUUGUUCUUAUUAGACUCUGACACAAACUAUUUCAGGGCUGCCAAGGCCCCCGGUUCUGAGGAAAAUGAGUCGGGAGAAGCACCACUAUUGCCGAGUUCAAAUGUCAAGAAUGCCACUGGUGGUGAUCCCAAAGCACCUACUGUAGCUUCUAGCUCAAGUCCAGCUAAUGCCAAUGGUAAAGUAAAAGAACACACGGGCGGAAAAAUUCUGGGUGGCACGUUGGAUAACUCCAUUCUUGAUUACGAACGUAUUCUCUUGAAGGAGAACCUGAUGAUAAGACAAGCCGUGCUUGCUGAUUUAGCAUUUGUUGAGUUGGCACUAGGAGAUCCCUCAAAAGCUCUUUCAACAGCAAGGUCCCUACUAAAACUUCCUGACUGCUCAAAGAUGUACAUAUUUUUAGGCACAGUGUAUGCUGCAGAGGCGUUAUGCCUGUUAAAUAGGCCAAAGGAAGCUGCUGAGCAUUUGGCGAUGUACAUGCCCGACAGUAACAAUAUUAAGCUUCCAUACUCCCAAGACGACUGUGAGAAGUGGACAGUGGAAAAAGUGGCUGACACUGAUGAGUCACAUGGUGGCACAAUAGGAGAUGAAUCCCUAGCCUUAGUGUUUUCCAGCCCUGAGGAAGCUAGGGGGCUGUUCUGUGCAAAUUUUGCUGCCCACUUUGCACUGCAGGGAGACUUAGAGCAGGCUGAACGAUUUCUAACCAACGCAUUUUCUGAUAUACCGAAUAGUUCCCAAGCUAUUCUUACUGCUAUUUAUGUUGAUAUAAAGCAUGGUAAAACUCAAGACGCUCUUGCCAAGUUGAGACAUCACAGAGGAAUCAGAUUUCAUAACUGACGUUGAACGGAAGCUGUUGAUUGGUUGUUGAAGCCCCCCGCCUUCCUCCUCCUCAGGGUUAAUUAGCAGGUAGGUUUGACAAUCCUUGGAAAAGGGAUUUGUAACAUAUAUAUACAAUCCUAUAACUAAUCUUAAGUGUAUAACUAGAGAACAAAUCUCAGCCACACAUCUUAAUGGAACAAAUAUUAUUUAUUUUAAUAAUACAAAAUAGGCCAAGGGUAUUUUUGGAAGGUACAUUAUCAAAUUUAAAUCAGCGAUCAAAUUACGUGAUUUGAUCCCAACGGAGAGGAGUGGGGAUUCCGGCGGUCAGCUCUGCCCCAGCGGUCACAGAUUAGAGAGCGGAGGUGGUGGAGCGAGACGGCGUUAGCAGAGUGGACGUAGCUGUCGCAAUUGAGGCACAGGGCGGCGCCGUCGGACUUGCAGUAAACCAUCGCCAUGAGUCGAGGCUGAAGGAGAGUAUUUCGAAUCUGGAGAAGGCGUUGGCUGAGGAGAGGGCUGCUAGCAUGGAGGUGCAAUUGAAGUCGUUGGCAGAUAUGGCAAAGGCAGAGCAUGAGUUGAACGAAUUGAGGGAGCGACUGAGCCAAGCUUCUCAUCGCAACUGGGAGCUUCAAGAACAGAUCAAUCGUUCAAUCAACACUGGAGGAUGGACCUUAAAUGAAUUGAAUUAUUGCUGUUCAAUUCAAUGUAACAUGUAAAAUCGAGAAACAUUGAAAGAUUGGUUGUUGAGAAUAUAUCAGUAGUUGGGUACUUGGGUUUAUUGACAUAUUAGGUUAAACACAACAUUUUGAUGAUAGUAAUUAAUAAGUAUAAACCUUUCCAAUGUGUUUUUGGAUUA